AUGGCAAGAAUGGAUGACUCAAGUGGAGCAAUGAUUAAGUUGACAUCAUCCAACUACUCUAUUUGGAAGCCACGGAUGGAGGAUAUUCUGUUUUGCAAAGAUCUCUAUGAGCCAAUUGAAAAUGGCAGUGAGAAGCCGGAAGACAAGACCGAGAAGCAAUGGGAGGUCUUGCAUAGAAAGGCGGUGGCAAUCAUUCGACAAUGGAUUGACCAAAGCAUCUUUCAUCAUGUUGCAAAAGAUACAAGAGCAGAUGAAUUGUGGCAGAAAUUGGAGUCCAUGUAUGAGAGGCAAUCGGCUCAAAAUAAUGCCUCACGCAUUCGAAGAAUUGUGAACUUGAAGUACAAGGAUGGGCAUAGUGUCUCGGAGCAUUUGAGUGACUUUCAAGGGCUUGUGAACCAGCUAACUACUAUGAAGUUAGCACUUGAUGAUGAAGUUCAAGCAUUGUUACUUCUCAGUUCUUUGCCGGAUAGUUGGGAGACUUUGGUGGUCUCACUUAGCAACUCAACACCUAAUGGCAAGUUGACGAUGGACAUUGUCAAGGAUAGCAUGUUGAAUGAAGAGGCAAGGAGAAAAGAGUUGGGGAUUACAUCAGAGUCACAUGCUUUGGUGGCGGAUAAUUCUGGAAGUCGUGGAAGAAGCAGAAAUCGAAAUUCCAACUUCAAGAACUCUCAGAAUCGAAGUAACAGUCGAGGGAGAUCAAAAGGAAGAUCAAAAUCAGUGUCAAGACCAAGAGGAGAAAUCACAUGUUAUCAUUGCAACCAGCCCGGACACAUGAAGAGAGAGUGCAGAAUCUUGAAACGGGAACAAGCUAGAGGAAAAGGUGUGGAAAACCGAGAAAAAGAUGAUACUACUGCUGCUGCCACAGAUGGUGAUGUGGUCAUUGUUUGUGAUGCCGGUUUUUUUAACCUUGCUUGUCAAGAGAGUACAUGGGUUGUUGACUCAGGUGCCUCAUUCCAUGUGACCUCACGGGUUUAUCUUUUCUCUUCCUACACAAACGGUAACUAUGGUUGUGUGAGGAUGGGAAAUGAUGGUGCAUCAAAGAUUGUUGGCAUGGGUGAUAUUCAUCUAGAGACCAACACGGGUUGCAAGCUAGUCUUGAAGGAUGUGAGACAUGUUCCUGACAUGAGGCUGAAUUUGAUAUCCAUGGGAAAGCUUGAUGAUGAUGGUUAUACCAACUAUUUUGGAGAAGGAAAAUGGAAGCUCUCAAGAGGUUCUCUUGUGGUGGCUAAAGGAAAGAAGGAAAGUACGCUCUACAUGACGAAUGCAAAGCAUAGCAAGGGAGGAAUCAAUGUUGCUGAGAAAGAUUCUUCCAUUGAGCUUUGGCAUAAGAGACUCGGUCAUUUGAGCGAGAAGGGGCUGCAUAUAUUGUCCAAGAAACAACUCUUGCCCGGAGCUAAAGGUACUCUUCUUAAAACUUGUGUUCAUUGCUUAGCCGGAAAAACUCAUAGAGUUGCAUUUCAUAGAUUUCCACCUUCUAGAAGGAGUAAGGUACUUGAUCUAAUUCACACCGAUGUUUGUUUUAUGCGAGAUAAAACUCUUGGUGGUGCAAGCUAUUAUGUUACCUUCAUCGAUGAUCACUCAAGGAAGGUGUGGACAUAUGCUUUGAAAACGAAGGAUCAAGUGCUAGAUGUUUUCAAGCAAUUUCAUGCUGAAGUGGAAAGGGAAACCGGCCUGAAGUUGAAGUGUGUAAGGGCUGAUAACGGGGGAGAGUAUAGAGGUCCAUUCGAAAGCUACUGCAGAUUGCACGGAAUUAAACUGCAGAAAAGUGUACCCAAGACUCCACAACAAAACGGUGUCGCCGAGAGGAUGAAUAGAACAAUUUGUGAGAGAAUCAAGUGUAUGCUCUCACAUGCCAAGCUACCUAAAUCAUUUUGGGGAGAAGCAAUGCGGACAGCGGUUGAUCUAAUCAAUCUCUCACCAUCGGUCCCAUUGGAGGGUGAUGUGCCUCAACGAGUAUGGACGGGAAAGGAAGUAUCAUAUGAACACUUGCGAGUGUUCGGUUGCAAAGCCUAUGUUCAUGUUCCAAAAGAUGAGAGAGCAAAGCUUGAUGACAAAGCAAAGCCAUGUAUAUUCAUGGGCUAUGGGCGUGAAGAGUUUGGGUACAGAUUAUGGGAUCCAAUUGCAAGGAAAAUUGUUCGGAGCAGGGAUGUGAUUUUUCUUGAAGAUGAGACAAGUGAAGACGUCGAAAGGGUUGAAAAGAAGAAAAAUACAGCAGCUAUAUCUCCAUCCCAAAUGCAUGAAAAUAUUGAGGAAGUAGUGCAUGAUGAGCCUCAAGGUGCACUAGAUCAAGAAGUGCAAGGAGAAGAGAAAUUGGAGCAAGAAGAACAAGUUGAAGAAGAGCAACCUCUAUGUGAACCAAGAAAGUCAAAAAGAGAUCGCAAAGCUUCCACUUGGUACUCCCCUCAUGAGUACCUAUUGUUGACUGACGGGGGAGAACCCGAAUAUUAUCAAGAAGCCAUGUCUCAUGAAGACAAGGAGGAGUGGAACAAAGCAAUGCAAGAAGAGAUGAAGUCUUUACAAGAGAAUCACACCUAUGAUUUGGUGAAGCUACCCAAAGGAAAAAGAUCACUUAAGAACAAGUGGGUCUACAAGUUAAAGACGGAGGAAACUAGUUCAAAGCCUCGGUUUAGGGCGCAACUAGUUGUGAAGGAUUUCAACCAAAAGAAAGGUGUCGACUUUGAAGAAAUUUUCUCUCCCGUGGUGAAGAUGUCUUCUAUCCGAGCUGUGCUUGGGUUGGCUGCAAGUUUGGACUUGGAAGUUGAACAACUCGAUGUGAAGACGGCGUUUCUUCAUGGUGACUUAGAGGAAGAAAUCUACAUGGAUCAACCAGAAGGGUUCGAGGUUAAAGGCAAAGAAGAUCUUGUAUGCAGAUUGAGAAAGAGCUUAUAUGGGUUGAAGCAAGCACCAAGGCAAUGGUACAAGAAAUUUGACUCAUUCAUGGUCCAAAACGGGUAUGCAAGAACUACCUCCGAUCAUUGUGUGUUUGUGAAAUACUUUGCUGAAAAUGAUUUCAUCAUUCUCUUGCUUUACGUGGAUGACAUGUUGAUCGUGGGUCGGAAUGUUGGAGAGAUUGAUAGAUUGAAAAAGGAGUUGAGUAAAUCCUUUGCCAUGAAGGACUUAGGACCGGCGAAACAAAUUCUAGGGAUGAGAAUCUCUAGAGAUCGAAGGAAUGGAAAAUUUUGA